CAUAUACAUAAAGCAAAGUAUAUGUUAACUGUACCAAAAGGUAGACUAUUUUCCACUGACUGAAGACUCUCUAAUGUCAAUGCAGAACAAUCGUAAAGCUGUUAAGACAUCUCAGCUGUUAAAGAUGAUAGGCUACUUGAUGUAUUAGAUGUAUGAUUGAUUUUUGACAUGAGAUGCAGAAUUUUGAUUUUACUGUUUUGUAGAUUCGUGUGUUUUUGUACGGCUUUGUAUUCCCCUACUGUUAUUUCAUUAAUAAAAAAAUGUAUUUAGAUGUCUAUGGAGGUAGCAAAACUGACGAUAAAUGAAAGUUCACAGUCCACGCGAAAAUUAGCACGCGCAAGACAGCCAUCCUAUGGGUUUCCUUGGAGAUGGUGACGUAGAGGCGUACGCUCCGGAACAGGAAAAAAGCCGGCAGAAAGUCUCCAGCUGCAACCGUGAUAUGAAGUGACACGGAGACCAAAUGGUCUCUUUUAAACAGUUAAUUGUUUACAGUUUAAAGAAGGCAGCAAUAUAAAGUCGAGGAUGAAAACCGCAAUGUUUGUUUAUGUGGAUGAAGGCGGUCACUCCUCCGUUACCAAGCAACAGGAGAAGAUUAAAAAUUGAGUGAGUAAACAUUGGUUUCUAAGUGUUUACUUUGAACCACUACAGUAAUUCAUUAUUCAUGCCAGUAAAAAGUUAUUUAUUGACGCUAUCUAUUGCACCCAAGUAACUAAAUAUGAUUUAUUUGAUCGGUCAUUACAUAUGAACAUUGAAGUUCAGUUGCAUUUCAAAGGAUGUAGACUGGAAGAAAGUGUAACGCCAUAUAAUGAAUUAAGUGUCUAAUUAAACACUACUCCCGAUUGCUAUCAUAACGAUGAUGACUUACUUGAAAUAAAUAAAGAUGAGGACUUACUUAAAAUAAACACUGUGCUUGAGUGUCCAAAAUCACAUCCUAUUCACUAUAUCCUCAACUGCUUACACAUUCAUUCAUUCAUCUUCAGUAACUACUUUUAUCCUAGUCAGGGUCACAGAGCCUAUCCUGUGAACACUGGCCCAGAGGUUGGAAUACAACCUGCAUGAGAAGCCAGUCUACCGCAGGACACCAUGCCAUACACAUUCACACACAAGUGCAAUUUAGUGUCACCUAUACACCUACAAGCAUGCUACUGGGAGGUGCAAGGAAACCAGAUGACACCCACAUGGCCAAGGAGAGAACACUCAGUCUUCCACACAGACAGUAACCAGAGCUCAGGAUCAACUCAGGAGCCCUGGAGUUGCUGAGUAAUGGAGUACAUGUAUUUUCUACGAAGGCGGAGAUACAAGGAGCGUGUAUAUCGUCGCUGGAGCUCCUUUCUUGGCUUGACCGAGGAGGAAUGCCAGGAAAAGUUGCACCUCUCCAGUGGCAUGGUUUUAGAGAUAUGCCGCCUAGUUGCAGAUGAUGUGGCCAAUCCGUCAGGCCCCAGUGCUCUCCCUGUGGCCGUGAAAGUCACAGCAGCUCUUGCCUUCUUUGCUAAUGGUUCAUUCCAGAACACCUUGGGCUUGGUGACAGGUGUAAGUCAGUCAGCUAUCAGUUGUGCUAUACAUGUCGUUUCUUCCAGUCUAGUCCGUCAUGCUGCAGAUUAUAUAGUCUUCCCUGCCUCAUCCGAGAGCCAGCUCAGAACUAAGCAAGAUUUCAUGUCUAAAUAUGGAUUACCUGGGGUUUUAGGUUCAAUAGACUGCACACACGUGCAGCUGCGUGCACCCUCUACCGAACCUCUUAGUUAUGUGAAUCGAUUGGGAGUGUACUCCAUUAACAUCCAGGUCGUGUGUGAUGCAAACUGCUUGGUGACACAUGUUUAUGCCAAUUAUCCAGGAUCUUCACAUGACUCAUUUAUCCUGGCCAAUUCUGUUAUUCCUACAGUGUUUCAGAGGGGCAGCCUGGAUGGGUGGUUGAUAGGUGAUGAUGGCUAUCCUUUGAAGCCGUGGCUGCUUACACCAUACGUUACACCAACAACCAGAAAGCAGCAUGUUUUCAACAGUGUUUUGAAUAGGGCCAGGUCAGUGAUUGAGCGAACUUUUGGAAUGUUAAAAAUGCGUUUCAAGUGUUUGGACCGUUCAGGUGGUACGUUACAGUACAGCCCCAAGAAUGUCAGUGCAUUCUUUGUGGCAUGCUGUGUACUUCACAACAUUGCCACACACCAUGGAUGUCAUUUUGACCUUACUGAGGAGGCGUUACAGGACUUAAGAAAGAGAGAAGCAGAGCUUCAUGAACCAUGUGAGGAGACUGGAGAGCAGCUAACUGAAGCAUGGGAGGGACGGGACAAGCUAGCUGCACAGCUGGUUCUACAAGUAAAUGAGGCACCACAGGAGGAUUAAACUGACUACAAAUUCUAACCAUUAAGUAAGUAUUAAUGUAAUGCCUUCACAUAUCAUGGGUUACUUGCACUCAGGGCUAUGACGUAUUUCCAUUUUGAAAUAGUGCAAAUCUCGUGACUCCGGUAGCACUAUUUAUAUUCAGCAGUAUAGCGAAAUGUCUAACACUUAGGGUUUUUAUUCAGGCAUAAAAUAAAGUGUUGAGCUAAUGUUAGCUCGGAUGUUUGUUUUCA